AUGCCAAAAGUUAUCAUAGUUACAGGCGUUUCUAGAGGUAUUGGGAGAGCCAUAGUCAACGUUUUAGCUGAUAGUGGAAGAGAUGUAAAAAUCGUGGGGAUUGCAAGGUCAGACGGUCCAUUGAAGACUCUUAAGCAUGAAUUAGGGGAUAAAUUCGACUUCCUUUGUGCAGAUGUCACUGACGAGCAACGAAUCGAGCAGUUUAUCAAAGAAGUUGCAGACAAAUAUGGAGGAAUAGAUGCGAUUGUAGCAAAUGCUGGAUGCCUUGAGCCGGUUCAAGAUGUCAAUCAUAUUUCUGUUAGGGAAUGGAAGAAGCUCUUUGAUAUCAAUUACUUCAGCAUAGUAUCUCUUGUGAGCUUUGCAAUGCCGUUUUUGAAAAUUUCAACUUCUGGAGACAUAAUAUUUGUCAGCUCAGGUGCCAGUCAGAAGGCUUAUUACGGAUGGGGUGCUUACGGUUCAUCAAAGGCAGCUCUUAAUCACUUUGCAAUGACACUCGCAUCUGAGGAACAGAAAAUCAGAGCCGUUGCUGUGGCCCCUGGGGUAGUCGACACACAAAUGCAAAGCGACAUAAGGGAGAGGUUCGGUCCGAAAUCAAUGACCCCUGAGGCUUUGAAAAGGUUUACAGACCUCAAGGAAAAUAAUCAGUUACUUGAUGUCAAGUUACCCGCAACUAUAUACGCUAAUUUGGCGUUGAACGGCAUAUCUGACCAAAUAAACGGAAAAUAUUUGAGAUACAAUGAUUCUCAAUUGAGCUCCUAUUAUAAUUGA